GGUGACGUGAAGCGGAGCGCACGGAGCCAAAGUGUUUUUAAACAGCCUGUUGUCCUGCUGCGCGCGCUCUCUGCUUCUCUUUACAAACUUGGUAUCAAAAUGUUAAUCUGCCUUCGCCUCGGCUGAACCCGCCAUGUAGCGUGUGUGCGUGCGCUGAGGAGCUCCGGGGGAUUUUUUUUUACGGGACCUUGCGGUUCGGGUGCAGCAGAGCGCGCGGCUUGCUGGUCUGCUGUGCGGGGAGAUUCGGUGACCGCCGGGGCGGACGGGCCACCAUGCUCCGGCCGUGGGCUGUGCACUGGAUCACAGCUGUGCUCCUGUGUCGGGCGGUGGCACAGUACUCCAGCGACCAGUGCAGCUGGAGAGGAAGUGGUCUGAGCCAUGAGUCUCAUCGCAGGGAUGUGGAGCAGGUCUACCUACGCUGCUCUCAGGGGUCUCUAGAGUGGCUCUACCCUACAGGAGCCAUCAUUGUCAACCUGCGGCAAAACACAGAGGCCUCAUCCGGACACAUGGCGAGUCUCCAUGUGUGCGUCAAACCCUACACUUACUCCCAGGGUUCUCAUGUGUAUCUGGAGCAUAACGGGGAUCUGAGGCUGCUGCUGGCAGAGAAGGACCAGGCUCAGGGCUCAGUGUACUGUUUCAGCCUGGCAGAGGGAGCUCUCUUUGUGGAGGCUGUCCCUCAGACAGACAUCAGCCGGAGGAUCACAGCUUUCCAGUACGAGCUGGUGCCCAGUCAGGGGCCCGGGGCGCACAUGUACCCAUUCCUGCACCCUGGUUUAGUCACCUGUAAACCCUGCUCAGAUGAAGAGGUCCUUAUGGCUGUGUGCACCAGUGACUUUGCUGGUAGCGGCAUCUUUCGAGGCGUGGCGUCAGGUACUAACGAUCACUCCCCUGUUGUGGUGACUCUGAGUCGGCUGUUCCGUCAGAAGAGCAGGGUGUUUGCCUGGGGUGGAGCCAGAGGGUGGGGCUGGGGUGGACGCAUCAGUUUUCCCACACAGUGCAAUGUGUAUCCUGGAGGGGAUGAGUACCUUUUGACUGGCUCUAUCCAUUUUGGCGAAGCCUGGCUCGGCUGCGCACCUCGCUACAAGGACUUCCUGAAGCUGUACGUCGCAGCACAGAAAGUGGGAACGAAUCCCUGUGAAAUAGACACGGACUGAGAGAUCUCUUCAUGGUUGUGGGUAAAACAGGGUGGAGCGCUUCUCAAAAAAGCCAGUGUGGAAGACACAAAGAGGAACAUGCCAAUAUUUGGAGGAUGGAGUGACAUUAUCUUUGAGCCUGUCUGAGAGAUGAACAGAGUUACAGACCCCCAGCUGUUGUUAAAGGCUAAUCCUGCAGGCUCUUCUCAGUGCUGUGCAACUUAUUGUUGCCUUGCAGCAGAAAAGACAGUUGGACAUUUUAGUAGCCAAUGUGUCACCUAAACUAAAAUGUCUCCAUUUGACUGUACAUGCAUACUGUAUGUGUAAAUAUGUUUGUGCAUGAGUGAGACAGCCAAUGAAUGAAUGAUGAGCUUAAAUUAAUUUUGUGCCUAACUGGUUAAAGUUUUUAUUCCCAUGACGAUACUGCUUGUGUGAUCAUUCUUGAAAUGAAUGUUUGCUUUGUAAAAAGCUUUCUGUAAAAUUUAGGAGUCUUCUGACAGAAGUGUACAGUAUGCAGCUCUGUGAGUCUUUAUGUUCUUAGUGUGUGAGUGUGUUUUGCUAAUGAGUUCAGAGGGUCUAUACAUUUACAAAAAAUAAAAUAAGCCAUCCUUGUCUCUCUGUUGAAA